AUGUCGCCAUCAAUGAUAUUUUUUGAUGUCUUGGGAACAGUUGUGGAAUGGAGACGAUGCAUCGCCAACGAACUGAGCGCCACAGCGCGAAGGGCGCUGCAAAAUCGCGUUCGAGAUCUGAGUGCCGAUAUGCGAGCACGUAUCUCUGGCAUGUCCACUUCAAGCUGGCAGGAGAUCGCUGAGGAGUGGCAUCGCUCAUAUAUGAACUUCGGACACACUUACGAUACAUCGAAGCCUUUUGUCUCAGUAGAUGAGCACAACCGCCUUUCUCUGGAAGACAUUCUGACCAAAUGGCUUCUACGGGACUUGUUUAACGAGGACGAUCUCAAAGAUCUGACCCUCGCCUGGCACCGACUCGACUCAUACUCUGACAGUGUGCCAGGCCUUUCGUUGCUGGGCACUAAGUUUAUGACGUCUACAUUAUCCAAUGGCAAUGUAAAACUUCUCGAAGACCUACAAGAACACAGCUCUUUGCCUUUCAAGCACAUCACCAGUGCAGAGCAUUUGGGUGCUUACAAGCCGUCGCCAGAGGCUUAUUAUGGCGCUGCUCGCAGAUUCGGUUUGAGGAAUUCGGAGUGCUGUCUGGUUGCAGCCCAUCUUGAGGACUUGCAAGCCGCCAAAAACUGUGGGUUUCAGACAAUCUAUGUUGAGCGAGACUCGGAAGAAGCUUGGGAUAGUAGUGGUGUUGCACGAGCAAGAGAGGAGGGGUUUGUCGAUCAUUGGGUCGAAGUCGGAGGCUCAGGUCUGAUUGAAGUUGCCCGAUAUCUUGGAAUAGAAGGUGGGUUUUGA